GGUGGGUGCCCGGCGUAAGAAAACGAAAGUAAGAUAUGAACUACGGCGAAGUCGGCAAUGGCGCACAGGCCUACAUUUUGACAAGUUUCUCAUGCCAUAUAUAAUUUCAGCGUUUCCAGUUUGGUCCAAGGAUAAUGCAUCAAGUAAUUUGCGGUCAUUUUUGGUUUUCAACUGGUUGAUUUAACUGACGAGAACCGACAAGAAAAAGCAAUGUCGAUGUUGCAUCAUGGAGAGGAGCCCCCCCAGCUCUCCGAUCUGAGACUGGUCCUUCUGGGAAAGAGGGGUGCUGGGAAGUCUGCUGCAGGGAACGCCAUAUUUGGGAAAGAUGAGUUCCGCGGGAAUGAAGGGGUGUCGUGUGUGAAGAGACAGGCGGAGGUGGCGGGAAGGUGCGUCACUGUUGUGGACACUCCAGGGUGGGACAGGGUCAGUACCUUUCGCACGCCUGAACAGGUGAAACAGGAAAUGACCCGUAGUGCGUUCCUGUGUCCUCCGGGACCCCACGCUGUCCUUCUGACCAUCCCUGUGGAGGAACUCCCGCAGAGGGAAAAGAAAUCGGUGAAGACCCACAUGCAGCUGCUGGGAGAGAGGAUCUGGAGACACACUUUAGUGCUGUUCACCUGCGAAGAGGAAAUGGAGAGGAGCGCCAUCGAGGAGCACAUCAGCAAAGAGAAGUCUCUGCAGUGGCUGGUGGAGCAGUGCGGCUACAGGUACCAUGUCCUGAACAUCGCCAAGGACUGCUCCCGCACCCAAGUCAUGGACCUGUUCGGGAAGAUCGAGCAGAUGGUGGCAGAAAACCGCGGCAAGGUCUACCUGCCCCAGGUUUACUAUGACAUCAUAGAGAGCGCAAGGCCAAAGGAAUACACUGAGCUGAGACAAGAAUAUGACCAGCGUGAACUGCAACUCAAACAGAGCUGGAGAACAAAGGAAGAUGAGUAUAAGGCACAGAUUGAGAAACUUAAGAAACAGGUUGAGGAGCUAAACACAAGAGAAACAGAGAUUAAACCAAGGAAGAGGAGUGGCAGUCUUGAGACCCCACCUGACAUGUCAGCAGAAAAAGCAGAGAAGGAGGUGGAGCAGAGCAGAGGGCUGAGGGUGGACCUGGAGACCGUCAAACAGGGAUACAGAGAAGAGGCCAUGGCCAUUGUGCAGCACUAUGUCAAGCCUAUUCUAGUCUUUCUGGUGGCCAUAGUGGGUGCACUAUUGGGAUCCAUAGUGGGGUCGUUUAGAGGGCCUUAUGGGGCAGCUGUUGGUGUUCCCAUUGGUGUGCUUGUAGCGCUUCUGCUAGCAUCGGUAGUGAGAACAGAGGCCAGAGCUGCGAGAGGUACUCCUCCCAGUGUGGGGACUUGCAGCAGCCCAAUUCAGAGAGAUCCACUACAGGGCACACUUUCCACUGCACACAGAUGAGGGGGGGCUCAGACCUACAACAGCAAUAGACCAGAGGACUGUGUGUGUGUGUGUGUGUGUGUGUGCGUUUGUGUAGGUGUGUUUGUAUUUGUGUGAAUCUGUGUGUAUGUGUAUGUGGUAGAUGUAGUUUAUUUUAUAAUAAUGUAAAUAGUGCCUCAGAAACAAAAGAAACGUCUAAUGAAAAAUUAACACUAACCCCUUAUACUCCAAACAACAAACUAUCCCAAAAUGAACCUAAAUGCACCUAAUCAUACAGGUACACCGUAUACCUCCCCAACCACCGACAACCUUUGAUCGUGGCAAAGUGUGCUUGUAGAUACUUUGUGGCGACUACUUCAUUCUGAUGGUAAGGUUUAAUGUGAGUGAGGUUUAGAUUCAAUGGGGCUGGCUGCAAUCAACCCUGGCUGUGUUGAUUUAGUGACUGAGAGGGCAGUUACUUUUUCACAUGGGUGAUAUGGGUGUUUGAUAACCUUUUUCAUUAAAUGAAUGAUGUAAUAAUUUAAAUGUUGUUGUGUUUACUCAGGUUCCCUUUGUCUAAUAUUACAUUUUGUCUAAAGAUGUAAAACCAUUCAGUGCGACAAAUAAGCAAUAAUAGAGAAAAUCAGGAAGGGGGUAAAUAUUUUUAACAGUACUGUAUGUCAGUGCUUGAUGGCCAGGGAAGUUGUCAUGCCUUUGUGGGGUGUGGUGGGUUGGAUCUUGUGGGAUCUAUUCUGUAAAAAUAUGUAUUUUUAUAUAUAUAUUUUAUAUAUAUGUAAAAAAAAAAAAUAAUAUUUUACAUUCAUGGUGCUAUUAGUGUAGCAGUGUAGUAUGAUGGGUAAGGAAUUGGUCUUGUGAACAGAAGUUCACAAGUUCAAAGUUCGAUUCCCGGGUAGGACACUGCCGAUGUACCCUUGAGCAAGGUACUUAACCUGCAUUGCUUCAGUAUAUAUCCAGCUGUAUAAAUGGAUGCAAUGUAAAUACUAUGUAGAAUGUUGUGUAAGUCGCUCUGGAUAAGAGUGUCUGCUAAAUGCCUGUAAUGUAAUUUGUUUUAACAGACUCCUGAGCCUAGAACAAAGGCCUAGAACAAGGGUUCCUAAACCCUUGUGUAUGCUGCUUUUCAUUCCAAUCACAGUCGCAAUCCCAGAAUUUUAACAAGCUGUUAUAUCAGCCCCAGGACUGGGUUUGAGAACCAAAUCCCUGGCCUAGAAUCAAGACUAGGUACUGAUAGCUCAUUUAUACCUGCAUUAAGGAAUCAAUUGACUAAUCCUGACUAAUCAGAAACACCUGUGCCCUGAAAUAGUGGGGUGUUGAUUGUAUAAAAAGUGUUGUUAUCUCUACUUGGUGAAACCAAAGUACAUAAAGAUUUAUUUUAAUAAAAACUGAGAAGCUUCACUUUAACCACAUGUGAAUUGUUUGAUUUACAAAUCUGAAGUUGUGGAGUACAGGGCCAAAUCAUAUAGCCUACACUUAUGACUGCAGCUUUUCUUUUCUCUUUCGGGGGAAAAGAGGCAUCAGUGUGU